AACGUUUUGCCAUUUUGUUUUGCGUCGUUUUAGGAUCGAUUUCUUUGAUCGAGGCCUUUUCCGGUGAUUUGUCGUCGAUUUCCAACGAGAACUACUAUCGGUAUUGGAGAUUCAGUAUCGUAAUCUUUCUUAAGAUUCUGCUGUUGAUUGGAUUUCGUUCCCAAAUAUUCGAGCGCAGGCUGCUUAGACCAAUACAGCUCUUCUCUACGGUUGUUCUUGUUGUAGAUGGAAGUUUGUGUUACUGGUAAUAUUUCAGCUUCUCUGGAUAUAAGCAGCAGUAUUGGUUCUGCAAGAGAUCCACAACUUUCCGUGAAUGAUCUCAAAACACGUUUGACUAAAUUAGUGAUUGCUGAAGAUGAUGAAAUUUUGAUCAGUCGCUGCAAGAGUGCAAUAGACACGGGGGUGAAGGAAUACCAAUGCGGCAGCGACUCUGAUGAAAUUGCUUUCAAUAAUUCUACUUGUGAUGCAACUUCUCCACCCUCUUCUGGGGUGAAAUCCUCUGAAGAUGUACUUUUGAGAAAGACAGGAAAUCACGAAGAAGAUAUAAUUGCUGAAGUUUCUGAAUCAAAUGGCUCUUCUAAACCUUCAUCGAAUCAAUGUUUUUCACCUUCCUUAACCUUGCCUGUUCCUUCCAAGCUCAUACCUGCAAUGAAAGGCAGCCGUGAAAAGCAUGGUGUACCACCUAAGAAGCUUUCUGUGUCCUGGGCCCCUGAUGUGUAUGAUCCAGUUCCAACCUCUGUAUCACACGUUCCAUCGAGUAAGAAUCAUCGCCACCUUAGCCAUGGGAAGAAGACUGGGAAGCACAAGCACAAGGGUCGUGGAAAAUCUUCUUCGCAGGGCAGCAGCAGCAGGAGCAAAGAGAAGAAGUCAAGUCGAAAGCAUUGCCGAACUUCCAGUAAGUUAGAGCCUUUCCAUGAGAUGAAUGGAGUGGAUAGCUUCGGUGCUCCUCAGGUCAGCAGUGUGGAUUUUGACACGAGGAGCCCGGAUAUGUUCUGCGGCAGCAGCUUUCUGAAGGCAUCUGUUUCAAAGUUACACUAUUCUGUUGCAGAGGCUACCUAACGGACACUGGUAUGCUCCAUUUGUUUUUGUGUGUUUUAUCAUUGUAGAUAUAUAUAACCAUAUCUAUAUAUGUGUGUGUGGGAUCUUGUUGGUUUCCUUGCGUUUUAACUGUUUUGUAACAAGAGUCUCUUUAAUUUUCUUGAAUUGCA